UUGCUGAUGUAGGGACCAAGGACGUUGCUAAAUCGUUUAAAAAUGGAGGCCUUUGAUAAAAUGACAAAGAGACAACUAAUUGAUUUUCUUAAAAAGUGUAAACAACCAACUUUUGGAAACAAACCUGAACUUAUACAGAGAGCUAAAGGUGCAAAGGACUUAGGAUUAGAUGUAGACCACGACGACGUCGAUUCGGGAGAUCAGCAUGCACAGCCACAGGACAAAAUAAUCACACCGCUUGGGGAAGGAAUACCAGUACCGUCAAAGCUAACGGAAGGCUGGGUGACUAACUGCGAGUAUUUUCCAGACAUUACGGAAAACGAAAUUUACAAUUACCUGGUAUUAAGUAAACGUACCUUUGAUUUAAACCAACAAUCUGCAAGGCGACAACUUAAAGCCAAAAUAUUUUAUGAUGAAGGUCAUGUACAAAAUAUUGAAAUUAAUCUAGUUACAAAAGACUCUUCACAUUGUAUUAUAAAAUGUGACUGCUUACCAUCAAUUCCAACCAAAGACAAAAGUAAAAAACCUGCGUACAGGUCUUGGGUUUGCUUGUCUAAAGUCACUGGUAGAGUCCACACAGCAGAAUGUAACUGUGUUGCAGGAGAAGGGGGUGCUUGCAACCAUAUCGCAGCAUUGUUGUAUGGAAUUGUUGACAUAACAGUAAAAAAACACACUGGUAAAAUUGCCCCAACUUCAAAAGCAUGCGAGUGGAUCAAACCACGUAGCAGAAAUCUUUCACCAAAAAAAGCGCAGGACAUGGAUUUCAGCAAAACAAAGACAAAGGGGAAAAACAAACCAUGUUCAUAUAGUGUCAGUGAGAAAAAUCCAGACCUAACCUUACCAUCUGUUCAAGUUUUUAAAGAAAAUCUGACAAAAAUAAAUCCAAUGGCAGGUUGGCUAAAAAACUUUUCCACUACAUGUAUUGAAACAUUACCCCCCACUGCGAAAUCAAUACCUGAACUUCACCAUAUAACCUUCUCUUACAUGGACAAUGUUGAUCUUUUUUCGGAUGAAUGUAAACAACAAUUUAUGCAGUAUUUUGGUUCACUUCAAGUCUCAGCAAAAGAGUGUGAAAUUAUUAAUAAAAUGACCAAAGGUCAACACAUAAACCCAACAUGGAGAGAAGCUAGGCAUGGGAGACUAACUGCCUCAGACUUUGGUAAAAUUGUACGGAGAAAACCAGAGACUUUACCUGACAAUUUACUUAAGUAUAUUCUUGGAUACUGUCCAUCUUUUUCAAACAAAGCAAUGGAAUGGGGGAGAGAGCAUGAAAAAGUUGCCAUCGACUGCUACCUGCUCAAGGUGAGGGAGAUACAUCCACCACUUACAUUCCAGGAGACUGGACUAGUUGUCAAGGAAUCGCUACCUCAUUUAGGUGCCAGCCCCGAUGGACUAGUGUACUGUCCUCACUGCAAGCCUUACCAUGGUGUUAUUGAAGUAAAGUGUCCGUACAGCUUUAAAGAUGUGCAUCCCAAAGAAGCGGCCUUAAGUAACAAUUUUUUUUGUAUCUUAGAUGAAAAUGGAAAUUUACAGUUGAAGAGAAAUCAUGCAUAUUAUUAUCAGGUUCAAGGGGUAAUGGCCAUCAGUGAAAGAAAGUGGUGCCACUUUAUUGUAUGGACCAAUAAAGGUCUUGAAUUUGAAAAAAUUUUAUAUGAUGAGGAACUUUGGGAAAGUGAAAUUCUUCCAAAACUUAAUUCUUUUUAUUGUUCUGCAGUAUUACCUGAGCUUUUUUCAGACAGAGUUAAAAGAGGUCUUAAAUUAAAAUUUUGAUGAGUACUGACAUGACACUAAAAGUCUCUAAGGCCAUAAUAAAAAUAUUCCUAGAUUCUCAUUCCUGCCCACCCAGAUUUUAUACCUCCGCCUCGAUUUUUCUUAAUUUCUGUUUUUCUUUGUCUUAAUUCUCUAGGGAUCAGUAUUUAUCUACCAUUCUACUUUUGUUUUAAUCCUGCAAAAGUCUACAUGAUUUUGACAGCUGAAAAGAUGGUAAUUCCUGUAAUAUGGUACAUGCAUUUAAUAUUUUAAACAAAGGUCAUUGGUUGAAAAAGAUUGGUGAUGAUGUGAAGUAAGAGAUAAUUGAACCUUUACUAUGACUUUUAUUCGGGUACUGUAGAUAAAAUUACACCGAUUGACCUGGUCAAUAAAAAAUCUGCUGAAAAAAAAAUUAAAAUAAAAGCUGCCCACGGCUUCAUUUUUAAAUAAAUUCGGAUGAGAAUCUAGCAAUUUAUUUAUUAUGGCCUAAUAAGCAUGACCAGGUAUUACAUAACUUAACUGUGCAUUUAGGGUAUGUGUACAUGUACUUUGGUAUCAUAAUCAACAUAUUUUGUAAUACUUGUGAGUAUCUGAUCAAUAAAUUUAUA